AAUGCUUGGUGUUGGACUGUUGGAGAUAUGUGGAACUGGAUAAAAUGUGACCACGUGGCUGCACCCCAUUCGCUCCUCUUCCAUCCAGAUAAUGAUUCUCAUAACAACCAAACAAAAUUAAUCCCUGAAAUCCUAAAGCAUACACACUAUGUUCUCUUCUCCUCAUGAGAAACUGCUACACUUAUUCAAAAUCCAAUUUGAACAAGAAGAAGGGUGAGGAGUAGUAGAGUAGGGUCCUUAAUCCAUGGCUCCAACUCUUACUUCCAAUUCAUCUCUCUUACCUCACUCAUCAACAAGGUUCACCCUCCCCAGGAACCAAAGGCUCAGAGUCUUAGCUAAGAGUAACAACAAUGGUCCAUUCCCAUCACUCAGGCUUGGUAAACCCAAGGAUAAUGAUGAUAAUGAUGGUGAAGAAGCUUCAUCUAACUCCAAUCCCUUCCGUUUCAACUUCGGCAAGUUACCUGAUGUGACGUCAUUGAUCCCUGUUGUAAACAACCCUUCCUCUUCCUCUUCACCUGGUUUGUCAUUUGGCAACCCAAGAAGGAAGGACCCUUCCACUGUGUUUGUUGCCGGUGCUACCGGCCAGGCCGGUAUUCGCAUUUCUCAGACACUUCUCAGAGAAGGUUUCAGCGUCAGAGCUGGUGUUCCCGAACUUGGUGCUGCUCAAGAACUUGCUCGUCUUGCUGCUCAAUACAAGAUCAUAUCAAAAGAAGAGGCAAAGCGUCUCAAUGCUGUGCAAUCAAGCUUUGAUGAUGCAGACUCCAUAGCCAAAGCAAUAGGCAAUGCCAGCAAAGUUGUUGUCACCAUUGGGCCAACAGAGAAUGGUCCAACGGCAGAGGUCUCCACAGCUGACGCCUUGCAAGUAGUUCAGGCUGCUCAGCUCGCCGGCGUAGGCCACGUGGCUGUUAUCUACGAUGAUAACAACGCCACCACCACCUCAACCUACAAUGUCCUUGAUGGCAUCACCUCAUUCUUCAACAAUAUAUUCUCCAAGAAUCAACCAUUGAGCAUACAAGAGUUUUUGCAGAAAGUUAUUGAGACUGAUGUCAAGUAUACCUUCAUCAAGACCAGUUUAACCGAUGAUUUCUCACCGGAGGGCUCUUAUAAUGUCGUUGUGUUAGGCGAAGGGAGCGCCAGUGCGAGCGACUAUAAAGUUGCAAAGUCCAAGAUAGCAUCCUUAGUUGCUGAUGUCUUCUCCAACACAGAGGUGGCAGAAAACAAGGUUGUGCAAGUGUAUACAAGUCCAGAAGCCCCCUUGAAGCGUGUAGAUGAAUUGUUUAGCACUAUUCCUGAGGAUGGAAGAAGGAAAGCCUAUGCUGAAGUGCUCGAGAAAGCGAAAGCAGAAGAGGAGGCAAGAUUGGCUGCUGAAAAGGCCCAAGAAGCUGCAGAAGCAACAAAGAAGCUGGAAGAAGAGGUGAAAAAGCUUUCGCAGCAAGAAGCCCGUGCUGCGAGUCUAGCUCAAGAAGCUCAAGAUAAGGCAGUGGCUGCCGGGGCCUCAGUGGAAGGCCUCUUCAGCAAGGCCAAAGAUUUCGGAGCAGGGCUUUCCUGGCAAAAGUUUAGCUCACAGAUCUCGGCCUCAAUUCAAAACGCCGGUGAGGACGAGGAACCAAAUAUUAAACUAGCCACCGUUCGGGGACAGGCCAAGGCUCGGAGCCUUACGCCUAACAAAGCAGUUGUUAAGCAAACAAGUACUCGAAACAUCACCACUAAACCGAAGGAGGAAAAGCCAAAGCAAGCAGAGAAACCCACAGAGGUGAGGAAGGUAUUUGGUGGCCUAUUCAAGCAAGAAACUAUCUAUGUCGACGAUGAUUAGAGGAAAAGUUGAACAUGCUUUUGUGCAGCUCUAAAUCUGUUGUAUGAGUAUGCGAUGUUAAUGCAGAUUAUUUGGUUGGGGAUGUGUAUGGUUUUGUAAAGUUCUAUAUUUUCAUGCAAGAUAAUUUUGUGGUUGUAAUUGGUUAAUUAAGGACCCUGUAACAAUAUUAUUAGAGGGGGCAAAAUGUAAGAUCAGAUUUAACUUCUCAAAUUUCUCACUUUGUUUUACAUAAACUGCCAUGAACUAAUAAUAUUUGAGAGACAUGUUUUCAGUUUGGUGAAAA